GCUCUCCAGAGAGUUGCGCACUCGUGCUUGUGACACAUACGGCUUUGAGAUUCACCUGCUUGUUAGCACUAUACUGACAAUGGACCAGCGACGUGGACAGAAGUUUUUUUCUCCUACUGCUGCGUUGGAAGAACUUAUGCGAAGCAGUGAUGAAGAAAAUGUUGAGGAUUCCGAAGAAGAAAGUGUUUCCAGUAUCGACUCGGAACAAGAGGAAAUGUUUUUAGACGGUCUUGAUCCUUUUUUAGAUCGGGAUGCUGACACUUCUGAUGAAGAGUGGUUACCAGAGGCCUCUGGACCACAGACAAAGCAUUCCUGCCCGUCUAAAACAUCUUCACCUGCCUUCACCGGUGCCAAGGGAAGAGGAAAGAAAAGGACACGGAUAGAAUCUACUCCAUCUGACUCACCCAGUACUUUAUGUGAGGGUACCUCUGUUGAUCAUCAUGAAACUGGACAUCAGUCUAAUGGCAAGGGAAGAAAAAAAGGGAGACGGACACCUGCUGACUCACCAACCACAUCCACGAAUACAUGGUGCAGUGAUGUUGUAGACUGCAGUGACCUUCCUGAAAUCAUCUUCAGGCCUCUACGCAGUACUGGAGCACAGCUCAUCACAACAGCUUCCUACAGUCCCCUGCAGCUGUUUCAGUUGUUUUUUUCAUCAACUGUACUGCAGACACUAGUGGCAAACUCCAACUCAUAUGGAUCCAUGCAACAUGUAGCAAAGGGCAAGCCAUGGAAAGACAUUACUGUGCCUGACAUGAUGUCUUACCUGGGGAUGGUGAUUUACAUGGGAAUUGUGAAACUGUGUUCACUUUCAGACUACUGGAGGAAGUCCACUCUCUACAGUCUGCCUCUGCCUACGAGAAUUAUGUCGUCUAGGAAGUUCCUUCGAAUUACCAGCUCUCUACAUUUGAGUGACCCUAGGGCUGAUGAAGAGAAUGAGAAGAAAAAAGGAACACCAGCCUUUGACCGUCUCCAAAAGAUACAACCUCUCUAUGACAUGAUCAGAGAAAACAGUAAGGCAUUUUUCCAUCCCUUUCAGAAUAUAUCUGUGGAUGAAAGAAUGGUCUCAUCAAAAGCCAGAAGUGGACUCAAACAGUAUAUGAAAAAUAAACCAACCAAGUGGGGUUUCAAACUGUUUGUUCUGGCUGAUUCCAUUACUGGAUACACCUGGGACUUCUUUGUUUACGAGGGCAAGUCUGCUACUGACCAGUGCACAGAAAACGGACUGAGCUACAAUGCAGUUAUGCAGCUUGUAAAUGAGAAGGUAUUGGGAAGUGGUUAUAAGCUUUAUGUUGAUAACUUUUAUACCAGCCCAACCCUCUUCAGAGACCUCCUUUCCAAAAAGAUAUAUGCAUGUGGCACCAUUCGACCAAACAGAAAAGGCUUUCCAAAAACAUCUCUGAACAAGAUGCCCAAGAAAGCUUCCCGUGGCACUAUCCAUUGGAUAAGAGACAACAAGCUCUUGUUUGUGGAGUGGAAAGACACUAGGGAGGUUCUGGUCGCCUCCACUUUUCAUAAAGCCUUUGAUGGUGACACUGUGCAAAGAAGGGUGAAAGGAAAGGAUGGAUCUUGGUCACUUAUGGAUGUCCCUGUUCCAGCUGCUGUGAAAGACUACAAUAGGAACAUGGGAGGAGUGGAUCUUUCGGAUGCACUAAUUGGGUACUACAAUGUCCUGCACAAGACGAGAAAGUGGUACCGGACCUUUUUUUACCACUUUGUUGACAUCGCUGUGGUAAAUGCUUUCAUUUUACACAAGGAAUUGGCCAAGACUACAAAUCAGAAGCCAUUAUCCCAGAAAGCGUUCCGAGAGACACUCAUUUUGGAACUUGCAGGACUGCCCACCAAAAGCUUGGCUGUUGAAACUCCACCACGUCCUUCUUCUGGUGUGUGCCAUUUGCCGGUGUACAUCACCACAGACAGCACUGUAGGGAGGCGGAAGUGCAAGGUGUGCCAGCGGAACACUCCCGUACAGUGCCAUGUUUGUGAUGUAGGUUUUUGCUUCCAGCCUAACAGAAACUGCUUUUAUGAGUUUCAUAAUCAGCUUUUCCCGUUGGACCUAAGUAUCAACACUGCCUAGCCAUGUGGAACAUGUUGUAAAUAGUUUGUUUUGUAAAUAGUUCUUAUUUUUGACUCAUGUCACAGCACUGCCAAGCUACGUGCACUACUUUGUAAAUAUAUUGUAUUUUUGACUCAUGUCACAGCACUGCCAAGCUAUGUGCAAUAAUUGGUAAAUAGUUAGUAUUUUUGACUCAUGUCACAGCACUGCCAAGCUAC